AAAGGCGAGUGUACGAACACAGCAUUAAUGCUGUUUAUUUAUAUUACAAAUGAAGUAUUUUAAAAAUUGAACAUGGCCACGAUAAGCGACACCUUUCGUAGCAACUGGCUAAUCGCUACCUUUGGCCUGGGCUUGUUCAUCGCCGGCUCCAGUGUUCUCUACUGGAACGAAGGGCGAGCGGUGCACACGAUGUUGGCUCUGGAUGAGGCUUACGCAGACAUCUACUCGAUGCAGUUCACCGAGGAGGAGCAAGAUAUGAAUUUUGAAAAUCGGAUUGUACAUCUAUCGGGGCCCAUCAUAUGUGGAGAGCCGCUCACCGAGCCCGACUACAAUAUACAGCUGAUGGCAGUGAAACUAAGGCGUCGCGUACAGAUGUACCAAUGGGUGGAAGAAACAGUGGAGCACAAUUUCGGCGAGAGCGUGGGCACAGAGGCGGACUCACGAAGCUAUUACUAUACACGCGAAUGGCGGGACAAGAUCGUGGACUCGCGACAGUUUUACAAUCCACAUGGCCAUACGAAUCCACAACGUUUCCCCAUCGAGAGUGCCGUCCAGGUGGCCGAUGCGGUUUACAUAGGCAAAUAUGAGCUGGGGUCGGCUGUGAAGAACAAGUUCAACAACUACCACGAAUUGACCUCGGACAUAAGGCCGGAUGACAGCGGAAUCAAGCUGCAUCUGGGUCUCUACUAUCACACCAGCGAUGUGUUCAAUCCGGAAGUAGGAGAUCUGCGUCUGCUCUUCACCUAUGCGGGACUGGAGGGCGAACUGUACAGCAUCGUGGGUCGCCUGCAGGGCAACAAAGUGGAGCCGUAUGUCACCAGUCGUGGAGUGUCCGUGCUGCUCGUCUAUCCGGGCGAAAUAAGCGCACUGGAGGUAUUCCGAUUGGAGUAUAGGACUCAGGUGCUGCACACCUGGUGGUGGCGCUUCAUAGGCUGGCUCCUGAUCUUCUUUGGCGUUACCUGCAACACGAAACUGCUGAGGGUUGUAUUGCUCCGUGUGCCUUUGUUAAUUGGCCUGGCGCCCGAUUCGCAUUAUCCGGUAACUGGGAACUUCUUGAUCGCCUUCUCGCUGUCGCUGACCAUUGCUGCGGUGGCCUGGAUACUGCAUCGACCUGUGAUUGGCGCGUGCCUGUUCCUAGCGGGCGCCUCGCCCUACGUCUGGCUCACACGCAAUUUCGUGGACUAUCAGCGAGUAGAUUAGUCCGUUAUGUUCUCGUAC